AUGGCUUGUUUCGACGAGACAUCUCAGCUCAGCUUUUACAUUUUCAUCGGUUGGCUCUCUGCGGUGCUUGGUUGGAUCAUAGGCCAUGUUACCGUCGCAAUUUCGCAUCGAUACCGACUCCGACACCGAAAUUCUCUUCCUGAUACCGAUUCAAGCACGAGGAGUGAUCCGGCUUCCCUGGAAAAAGGUAUCGGCAGUGUUCCUCGCAUCAACAAGAUAUCUACCACUACGACACAAUUUGGGCAUGCAAAAUCAGACAUGGACCGAAAUAUCGGACACACAACCACAUAUGUCUAG